UUGUCUGCAGUGAGGGUGCAGGACUGAUGCCAUGAGCGAUGAAGGCAUCCACGUGGGUACGAGGCCCCAGACGACGCCCCAGGCUGUCCAGCGUGCUCCGUCACAAGUGCCUGCUGCCCUUCCUGUCAGGCACCAUUGUCGGCAUCGCGCUGUCCACCAUCUUCAUCCUCCUCCCCUUCCCAACUUACCUCGUCUCCCUCCUGGCUGGGAUUGAUGGGCAGAAUGCAGAUGUCACCGACUCAGGGAUCUCAGGUGAGCUGACAGUACGACAGCCCCUGUAUGUUGGGGUGAUGACUGCUGGGAAAUUUCUCCACACCCGGGCAACGGCAUGCAAUAACACAUGGGGCAGGCAAGUCUCAAAGGUGGAGUUUUUCUCCCAGCGUGGCAGCUGGGAAGAUGACCGCCUGCCCGUGGUGUCGCUGCCGGGCGUGUCUGACGACGUGUACCCGCCGCAGACGAAGGCCUUCCGCAUGCUGCAGCAUGUGUGUCGGACCCACGGGCAGCGCUACGACUGGUUCAUGCGCGCAGACGACGACUCUUACAUACACGUGGACAGGCUGAUGAGAUUCCUGGCAAAAAUAGACAGCAGCAAAAAGGUGUACAUGGGACAGCCAGGCUAUGGUUUCCCUGCAGUCCGACAUAAGCUGGGGCUGAACGGGAGAAACUUCUGCAUGGGAGGACCAGGUGUCAUGUUCAGCAGAGCUGCUAUACAGGCUCUGUGUCCCCACCUGGAGACCUGUAUGGAGGAGGUGAUGUCUGCUGAAGAGGAUGUGGAGAUUGGGCGCUGUGUCACCAACCAUCUACACAUACAGUGUACAAGGGCUUGGGAGCUGUCUGAGCUGUUCUACCACGCCUAUGAGGAAGAGUUCAGUGAGGACAGGCCAUUCACAGGAAACCUGCAGAAAAACAGGCACCUGGUGAAAUCCCUGACCUUGCACCACAUGAAGGACCCCCACGUCAUGUACCAAGUACACAGGCACUUCACCACUGCUGCCAUGAACACCACUGAACAGGAAAUUGUGGACCUCCAGGAAGCCCUUCACUCCAUCAACAACAUCCUGCCCCCCUCCCUCCACAAGCCUGUACCUUCCUCAGACCAGAACAGUCCCCCGGAAGAGCAGCCCCUCCCCACAAAGGGGGAGGACAGCCUCCCCUGGGUGUCGUUUGAUGCGACCCAUGUGUUCUCACCUGAGGGCGUGGCCCAGGAGAUGGGGUUGCCAUGGCAACAGGACCUCAGGGAGGUUCUGGAGUCAGCCAUUGCCACUGCCACAGACCAGCUGCCUGAAGGGUCAAAGGUCAGCCACCUUAUCGGUGGGUAUCGCCGACUUCAUCUCAACUUCGGAACCGAAUACGUCAUUGACCUUGCCUUCCGCGAUCCCCACGGAGACCAGGUCACCGUACGCAACAGGGUAACGCGUCCGCUGCUUCCCGCAAAGGUCACAGGUCAUGCCGAGCACUUGCCACCUAAUAAGUCGUCGCCGCAUGUGUAUAUCGUCGUGCCGGUGCGACAGAGAGAUCCCGGUUUGCAACAAUUUUUGCGGCGGUACGAGGAGGUUGUGCUCAGCUCGCGUCCGCCGCACAGGGAGAGCCUCAUCCUCGUCAUCUGUACGGGAGGUGCAGGGGAGGAUGCUGGGAAGGGUGAAGAAGAGCAUGAUGGGAACGUGCUUGACGCCAAAGCUGUGGUAGACUUCUACCAAAGACAUUUUCCCCGGGGUCAGAUCAGGUCUGCAAUUCUAGAUGAAGCGUUCUCAAUCCGAAGGGGACACCGAAAGGGGCUGGAACUUUUGAGGGAGAAGAGUGACUCAAUAGUUUUUCUCGCCAACACAGAUGUGCAGUUUUCACGAGACUUCUUGACAUCUUGCCGGAAGUAUGCAGUAAAGGGACACCAGGUUUAUCUCCCCAUGCCUGGGAGAUCGGGGUGGGACGUCGGUAACCAUGGUACAGCUGCUAGUAACCAUGGAAACAGUAACCAUGGAAAAAGUAACCAUGGAAACAGUAACCAUGGAAACCAUGACAAAGGAAGGGGGAGAAAUACAGGGAAGGAGUUAUUGUACUUGCCGCCAAAUGUACAGACUGGGCCAAAUGUGUGCAUAUACAUAGAUGAUGUUGAUAAAGUUGAUUUAUAUAACUUCAAGUCUAACAGUGCCAAACUGCAGCUGUUUGCUGCAGAGAACUUGGACUCCAAAAGGUUAUAAGCUAAGAUUAGCACUUUAUAUAAUCAUUGUUUUAUAUAAUCAGGAACAAUCUUGUACAUUGUACAUGUUGGUGAAGAAAGAGUUAUUUUCAUAAAAGUUAACUAUCUGCAGUACUUUUGACACCUGAAUGAUGCCAAAAUUUUGUGUGGGCAAUGUUUGUACAUACAACAAAUGAAAGAAUAUUUAUUUACUGCUGUAUAAGAUCAGUAUGUAACGUAGGACAUUAUUAUAGAUAGUUUGCCAAUGACUUCAAGGUUGUGACCUUUAUGCCAUAACUUAUACUUUGUAACUUAAGUUUUCUGAUGCUUUUAAUAUAGCAAGGAGGCAUUUAACCUUCUUGCUUAUAGUUAUACUAAGAGUAAGACUAUCAAAUAAUUAUGAAACUCAGGUAUUAUGAAAAGAUCAAUAUAAUUAAUGAACAUCAAACUUACCUUUAUAACUUUAAGCUUGCUUCCAUGUGAUAGAAAACUUUCAUGUAUACUUAUUACAUGUAUUAUAAAUUCAUAAUGGCAAUAAUAGGCAUCAACCCCAUAUUCUGAGAUGCAAUUGUUAGUGAUUUAAUAAUCCUAGC